AUGGCUACUUCUACCUCCGAUACAACGGGUUCUCCGGCCACCGUGACCAGACGCAUCGCCAUUGACGACCUCGAGGACGAAAGGGACUACGUGCUCGCGAAGCUCUAUGACCAUCGCGACGAUGUGGACGAUAUCGAGGACGAGUUGCUGGACAGGGAAGAUGAGUUCCUGGAUAGGGAGGACGAAGUCUUCGAGCUGGAAGACCGGCUCGAGCAGAUUAGACAUGAGCUCAGAGCGCACGCUGGGUGGAACUAG